AUGGUGUCGCCCAUUCUAAUUCACCCAUGUCCCAAGCCUGCCAGUAAAAACCCACUUCUUCUUCUCAAGUGUUUCGUCCAUACGGGUUUCGUACGAUGCUGCUGUUGGCAGUCUAAUUGUAAUCGUAACCGUUACACUGUCCUCUACUAUUCUCGUUGUUCUCAUGAUCUUCCUAUUUCUAGCGCGGAGUUCUUUGGCUGUUUCUCUUCGACGAAGACGAUGGAUCAUAGGUUAAAAUGUGAAACAUUCAGUGUUUUUUUAUGUUUUGUUACAUUGGUGACUGAGCGAACCCCAACCCCUUCAGUUUUUUCUACCUUCUUAACCUGUACUACUACUUGCAGAUGUGCGGUGCUGCUGAGGGUAAGCGGAUUUGAUAGGUGUAAAUUUAGCGUUCAGUUCUUCGCCUCAAAGCAUAUUAAACAUUCAGCCAACGCUACAAUAGCUUGCCUUCUAUAAUUCAUGAAGAACAGCAUUAUAGUUAUUGGUCUUGUGCUCGCUUUCGCGUGGAAUCAGGGCGUGAAACCUAUGGAGGUUCGUCAUUUCAGUACUAGCAGCGUCGACUUGAAAGAAACUACUUGAGAUUCCAUUAGCAUUAAUACCCUUUGACCUAUAACGACAGUUGUUCAUGGACAACAUAAUACAUAGACAAUUCUGCGAUCGACACAAAGACAAACAUCACAACCUAAGAACAACUUACAACGACUUCUGCGAGGAUCAUAUUUAUAAAGGAAUACAUUUACAUCAAGCAGAAUCGACAAGGCUCCUGCCAAGAAGAAGAGUGGAAGAAAUGGGAGUAG